AUGCUCCACCUCUCCACGAAACAUUUGAACAACGACGACUUGGCCCGACUCCAAGCACCGGGCAGGACGAACUUUCUCCCAGUGCCCUCGCUGCCGGGCGUGCCAAACAACUCGCCAAAUCCUGGAAACUGCCCGAGCUGUGGGAACGACUAUGCGGAGGGUGCUCGAUUCUGCCGCGACUGCGGCUUGGCAAAACCCUCCCAGGCUGCCUUGGUAUCGAUGCGAAACGAGGUGCCGCGGUCGGAGAUCAAGAGGAACGUGUCGUUUGGACCUACCUCAGUGUCUGACCUCUCUGCGGCCGCACAGGCCCUGCCCAAUGCACCGCCAAGGCUGAUCGCCCGGUUGCAGGAGUUGGAGCUCGACAGUUUGCUUGCUCUCUGUGAGCGUUUGGAGGGCCGUCUCUCGAAGCCGAAGAGGUCGAACAGGAUCAAAGCCUCUGAAGCAGAGCUGGAUGACCUUUGCGAGUCAUUGGCUGACCCGGAUGCCAUGCCAUCUCCACAGAUACGUCAGCAACAGCAGCAGCAACAGCAGCUGAGGUAUUUGACCCAGCUGCGUGAAGCUAAGCAAGCUGCAGCUGAAGGGUUCGCACCCCCACCAACUAGCACUACGAGACCGAUCUUGAGAUCAGAUGCACAUGCUCCUGGCAUGCAUGCUCCGACUCCGUCACCUUCACCUUCUACGCAGGCGCCUUCAACUUCGGUUGGCACGUCUGCAGAGCCUCCAGAUGGACAAAAGAGCAUUCCAGCUUCGAAGCAGGAGGUUCUGGAUGCCUUGCUCCUGGAGCUCAACGAGUUGCUGGAAAAAGCACCGAGCCAAAGCCACGUGGGCCAAGCGCCUGCCGCAAGCCCGGGGGGCCCCAGCCCAUGCGGCAGCCCAACGCCCAAGCCUGAGGCGCCCGAGCCCAGUCCGAAGCCAGCUAAAGCGGGUGCUAUCGCGAACUCUGCCGGGCCUCUUCCAGUGGAGGAGCAGGUGAAGCCAGCAAAGCCAUCCGCUGCAUUCCUCGACACCGUCUCCAUGCUGCAGGACGGGUUAAGGACCUUGGUGGAGAGGUUCUCUGACGAAGUUGCACAAGCGAGUGCAGAGCUGAAAGCAGAAAAUGAACGUUUGUUGGCUGAGAUUGCAGAGUUGCGGAUGCAGCCUCGUGAUCCCGUCACAAUUCUUAGUGCACAGCACCGGAUGGAGGAAUCUCCGGCCGAGGCGAUCUUGGGGCCCGCAGUCUCGGAAGCGGAGCCGACCCCCAUGGCUAUGGCCACGAGGAUGCAGCCCGACCUCGCUGUGCGGUUUCAGCCGGAAGAGCGGAUUGACAUCCCGGGGGGGCCGCCGGAGCAGGCACCGGAAUGCCCGGAUGUGGAAGCUCCUGAAGGCGAAGGCCGCGAGGCCUCGGGCGCUGGGAGCCUUCCCACCUUUGCGGCCCGCAGCCAGUGGGUGCAGGAGCUCCAGGCCGGUCAAGCGGACUGGGGGGAGAAUGCCGAAGAGUUCGAGAAGGCCACGAGGCCUCUGAGGUGCUCCUGUGUGUGCCUGCACGAGCUUUCCCGGAAGAGGAUGCUUUGGGACCUUCUCGGACUACUUCUGCUGAUCUAUGACUUGGUGAUGACGCCGUGGCAGGUAGCUUUCGGGCAGGUGGGCACAGUAUCAGAGGUCAUGACCUGGGUGCUCCCAGUGUACUGGGCCAUCAACAUCUUCAUGACCCUCUUUUGCACCAGCUUCUCCUCCGGGGGUGUGUUGCAUUCGAACCGAAAGGCCAUGGUCUGGAGGUAUCUGACACAGGGCUUCCUCCUCUUGGACUUGCUGACGACCCUCCUGGACUUGGCGGUGCUCACGACUUUCUAUGACCUCCCGCAGUCGGCCUACCAGUCCCUCCGGAGUCUGGUCCUGAACAAAGAUGUUUACCUUGCCAUCCAAGCUGCCCGCCUCCUUCGCAGCAUCCGCGUGAGUCGAAACCUACUUGGCGUCCGAGCCCGCAUCCGGUCGGAGCUGUGGCGUGCAUUGGGCACCAUGGCCUUCAGCACUCUGCUGCUACUUCUCGGUGCCCACAUCAUUGCAUGUGCCCUCUACUAUCUUGGGUCGGCCACCGGCGGCAAUGAGAACACAUGGCUCCUUGAGUAUGCGCAGAUCCAGCAGCAGGAGGACAGCAUCUCCAUGUACCUCAGUGCACUGCUCUGGGCUUUGGCACAGCUGACACCAGGAUUGGGGCCGAGUCCCGUGAACCCCAAGAGCGUGCCUGACAUGAUCCUCUCUACGACAGUUCAUGUCCUGGCACUCCUGGCCUGCAUCUGCCUGUUUGCACAGGGUGGCAUGUUGGUGAUGCGCCUGCGGGAUGCCCGUGGAGAGUGGGCAAAUCGCCAGCUGGCAUGCAGGGCCUAUCUGAACACAUGUGGGAAGGUGCCUCAGCGAUUGCAGUGCCACAUUCUGAGCUGGUUGGAGUUUGAGCCCGAGCCUCGCAAGGCCUUGGCUCCAGGACCCCGCUUUUUGGGGUGGUGCGGCCCGCGGAGCCUUGACGCACAGCCUUGGCACCCGUGGCUUCCCUCCGAGAACAGAUCGCCCUUGGCCCUGUUACCACCUCUGGUUCAGCAAGAGCUUCUCCAGGAGUUGGCGGCACCUUUCUUAUCCCUCCAUCCUUUCUUUCAUGAGCUGGACGUGGCCCACCCUCAGGCCCUUCGGCAAGUUAUUGAUUGCUUCCAACAGUUCUUCUACAGCCCCAUGCAGCCCAUCUUCCGUGCUUUGACCGUUGCCAGCAAGCUGCACAUGGUGACCCGUGGCUCUGCGACCUACUCGCUGGACCCCGCCAGUCGCGCGGGGGCCAGCAAACGACUCUCCCGAGCACCAGUCAAAGUGAAGCUCGGCCAGCACAUCUCGGAAGGAGGGCUUUGGUUGGAAGCUUGGCAACAUCAGGGCAUCUUGACGGCCGAUGGCAUUGAGGACGCAUCCUGCGAGGUUCUGGUCUUGGAUGAACAGAGCUUCGGCCAUCUCCUGCGUCGCAGUCCCGGGGAGCUUUGGCAGGCAGCCGCCAGCUAUGCUCGGGCCUAUGCCAAACGGGCCGGAGAGCGAGUUACACUGACAGACUUAGAUGGAGACCUGGAGAGCCUGGUGAAGAUUACGGACGAGGCCUUCGCGGACGCACUCCGCUACCUUGCGCAGGAAGCCGAACAAGAUCCCGCCGGUGAAGCCAUCGGGUGGGCGCUGUUGGCAUGGGUGCGACUUGCUGCACAGAGCGGGAGGCUGGUCGAGCUGAUCACUGCGUUUCGCUUGCACAUUGUCAACUGCUUUGAAAGCCUCAAUGAGGCCUUCGCCACAAGUCUGCAGAAGCAGAAGGAGCAACACGCUCGACUCCGUGACAUGCAGCAGGCGACGGCUGGCAUUGAUAAGAAGCUCUCGGCGCUCCAGCAAGAGCUAGCACAGCUAAAAGCCAUGGUUGCAAAACGCAGCAGAGCUGCAGCAUCUGCAACGCCAGGUGCAAAUUCUCCCACGCCACCGCCUAGUGACGUACCGUCCACAAUUGAUUCUGAGCGGGCCUCCCAAGCAGCCCAGGAAGAAGGUGCCGACGCAGUGCAGGUCAAGAAGGUCUACACUAACGCCGGCAUAACCUUCAGUAGGGAGCUUUUGCUGGCCUGCUUGGAGGCUCCAAGCAGUUCUAUGGACAUCAGGCUGCUGCCAUGCCUCGAAGAGCUGGCCAGAGAACUGGGCCGGCCUGCUCCCAGCAACUGCAACCAGAGCCAGACCUCCAGCUCCAGCUCGAACUCCGAUUGGCACUGGUCCCUUUGGAGGGGCAAUUGGUACUAUUGGCAGGCCGCCUGGCAUGCACCCCCAGCAGAAGCCGCGGCUGUGGUGAAUCCGGGCACCGGCUUGAAGGAGCAGGCGCCCAAAGUCGAUGCACCCGCAGCCACACAAGUGGCAAAGGAGAAGGAAAGGGCAAAGGAACCAAAGAAAGACGAGAAGGCAGCAGCCUCAACCGAGCCAAAGGCAAAGGAGAACCCACGAAGAAUGUCGGGUUCGCAGCAGGGUGGAAAAGAGGAGAAGAGGAUUGAUCCGGCCGAUGGAAAAGCAUACACUUUCAACCAGAUCUCCAAAUUCUACAGAGGAGUAUACAGCAAGCACGACAUCCAGACUUACUGGGACCGGAGCUGCAAAUCUUUGAGCCAGUGA